AUGGAGAAGGACGACUCUGAAGCCGUCCAUGUCGAGUCGGCUGAUCAUGAGAAAAAGGAGUCCAAGUUCCUAGCAUGGACAACCGAAUUCGCCUCUCGAGAUGAUGAUUGGCAUCGACAAGAGACACGAAAACUACUGUGGAAGAUUGAUAUACAUUUGUUACCCUGGAUUGUGUUAAUGUACUUGACCAACUUUUUGGACCGAAAUGCACUCUCGCAAGCAAAACUCGGCACUUUGGAACAGGAUCUUGGUCUGAAAGGAACUGAAUUCAAUACAAUAACAUCGAUUUUGUUUAUUGGGCACGAUCUCCGCACUCCAAUCCACAACGAAAAGCUUCGCUGGAGAACUUAUCUGUCGGUUAUUCCUUGGGGAUCUAUUUUCCUGAUGUCCUCGUGGUACCGCACAGAAGAACUGACCCAUCGCAUCGGUAUCUUUUAUGCCGGAGUUGCUCUUGCAAACAUGUUCGGUGGGCUCAUUGCAGCCGGUGUCAUUGGUAAUCUUGACAACGCUCACGGGCUAGCAGCCUGGAGAUGGCUAUUCAUCAUUGAAGGCUGUGCGACGGUCGGAAUCGCGUUGAUAGCAAUAUGGUUUAUGCCGAACUACCCCAAUACAACGCGUUGGCUUUCUCGUCAAGAACAAGAUUAUGCCCAGUGGCGUCUCGCGCAGGAUGCAGCGGGUGAGGAAGAUGACCGUUUCGCUGUGAGCCCGUUAGAAGCCGUCAAAAUGGCACUUUCCGAUUAUAGGCUUUACUUCUUCAUGCUUCUCAACCACCUUAACCUGCUGGCACAAUCAUUCACUUAUUUCUUUCCAUCUAUAGUGGAAUCCUUGGGCUACAGUAGUACAGUUACCUUAUUCCUGACAGUACCCGUUUGGUUCGCGACAUUCCUCGCUGUAAUAUCUAUAUCCUAUCAUUCCUCGCAGACAAAUGAGCGGAGCAUCCAUAUAUUCUGCUGCAUGUUGAUAGGUGCCAUUGGCAAUAUCAUUGUUAUCACGACCAAUAAUCUGGGCGCCAGGAUGUUUGCCAUGUAUCUCAUACCGAUCGGCACGCUUCCUUCAUUUCAAAUGAUUCUCGCAUGGAUUACAUCUUCAUUCUCGCGGCCGCUGGUGAAGCGAUCAGUCGUCGUGGCUAUGUGCGGUAUGUUUGGGAAUGCGGCAUCGAUCUACGGUAGCUACCUGUAUCCGGAUUCUCAAGGGCCAAGAUAUGUUCCUGCUGGUGUUGCUUUGGCAUGUGUCUGUGUCGCGUGUGGGGGAUUAGCGCUGAUAAUUCGCUUUGUGUUGCAGCGAGAGAACAAGAAGUUAGAUAGGGAGAACGGUCCUGAUGACGGGGCACGGUAUAUUCUAUGA